AUGACAACCUGGCAGAAAAUUGCAAGGUUCAUGCUCAUGUUAUCGGCGGCAACAUAUGUGGAAGCGAAGGUAGCGGGUGAAUCGUUAGAGGAGACGGCUAGCGAGGGGAAACUGCACUAUGAGGUGAUCAUGAGGGAAGCCAAGAUGCCCAAGUAUGGCGAUUGCUACCAGAACGCCUUAGAGGAUCUGCACAAUGGCUGUAGCAACCUUGACGACGAGGUACAGAGCAGACUGGCCCUGUCCUUCACCAACUGCUACAUGAUGCGGUUCGGCUGGCCCGUGUACCCUUGCCGGGACGACCAGCAGCUGAGCAAGUGCAUGGAGGGGCUGGACGCAAGGGCCGCCUCCAUCUACUCCUCCAUGCUCACUAACACCCUCGCCAUGUGCCAUUUCCUCCAGGCUCAGGCGUGGCACCAGUCGACGUCCAGUGCUAUUGACAAUCUCAGAACUGCCUCUGAGGAUGUGAGUUCCCAGCUGAGUCGGGCGGUGGACUCGGCAACCGCUCUGCGCAACCAGCUGGACAGCCAGAUGGUGGCGUCCAGAGAUGCAAUUAAGGGCGUUUUUGCCGAAUUCAGGGAAACAACGGCUGAACAGCGCGGUCUCAUAGUCGACGUUUUCGACCGCGUGUCUCAACUCCAGUCGCUCGUUAUGGGGGAGUUUACGUGGUUUUAUUCUGUUGUGUUCUACGUGAGCGGUGUCCUCGUAACGCUCGUCGCCACCUGUACCCCGAGGACAGCGAGUGCCCGUCUGCCUCUCCUCACUAUCCUCGCCUUUUCCCUCACUCUGGAACGAGCUGUGACUGCCUGGCUGCUCGCCAACACGCACAUCGACUCGUUCCAGAUCGAAGUCCACACGGCUGUCUGGGGUAUUCGGCGAAGCUGUGUGCUUGUCUGUUUCCUCUCCCUCAUCCGCGCCGUGCUCUCCUACAGAGACCCCGUUGCAGUCACAGCAGCGCGUCUGGAAGAGCUUGCGUCAGCCACGAGUGAAAUCAAGAAGCUGAUGAAUAAUACACCAGCAGGAGCCUUGGAACUAACCAGCACGGCACUGGCUAGUCUGUCUCAGGUCCUAAAUGAUAGUGCUUCUUCUGACGACACGUAUGAGCCCAGUGAUGUCUCGGGUAUCGAAGACCAGUUACUUGAUGAUUAUGAUUUCGAGGAGUCGGGUGGAUGGGCGACCUCAAGAUACUCCCUGAGGAGGCGCCAGAACGAGACGAAAGUCCAGAACCCAGUGGUGAGCAUGGAGAGUCCUGACGCCUUUGGCAGGGCAGUCCGCCGCAUGGAGAACAUUUCCAUGCACCGUUCGCGUGCUCAGGUCCGUCGUUUGUCUAAGAGCACGCAGCAGGCCAGUGUGACGAAGAUUUCAGACAUUUCCUAUGGUCACUUUGCAGACAGGACGAAAGAUUCAGGAAUCGAGUCUCUGUCUGGUUAGAUUGUUGUGGAUUUUUUCUUCAUUGUACAAAAACAAACUCGAGUUUCUACUUGAGCUAUUUCCCUUUUAAUUUCUAUAAAACGAUGGUUUCGUAAUUAUAAAAGAUUUUUAAGAGUGCUAGCUAUACUGUUUUAUAUGCAUAUUUUCUAAAGUGCUAAUAAUGCUGUCGAAUGUAUAAACAUUUAUUAGUAACAAUUUAUUCUGAUGAUUAUAUGGGUCCUCGUUCAAAAAUGGUGAACUGUAUAUCCAUUUUCUAUUACUUGCAAUUACAGAAUGUUAUGCAAUCGACGGUUAUUGGAGAGGCCAUAUUUCUAUAUUAAUCUAAUUAAAACAUACAAUUCCGUUUUUUUAGCAUAUCAAACGUGAUUUUGUUUCGGGGUCUGAUAGUCCUUAAUUAUUAUUUUUUGGAAGGAAUUAAUUACUUCGAGCCCUAUGAAGGACAUUGAAUAAUUGAGCGAUGUAGCUAGUU